CAUAAAUUUUGAAAUUGAAAUUUCAAACUUAAAAGUCUUCAUAAACAGAGCGCGGGACUCCACUUCCUCUAUCAAUCCCAAAACAAAAGACUUCUUCCAAAGAAUUGGCAAAACUAAGCUACUAAUCUUUGGCUGUCUCAGGCAAAACCACCACCACCACCAAUCCAUCUUCAACUCUCCAUCCUCCUUACUUACAGAUGAUAAGCGAAGCAAUAUCGUCAUUGAAGGAUCGCACAGGUUCGAGCCAACCAGCGAUCGCGAAAUUCAUGGAAGAAAAGUACAGCUCUCUGCUUCCUCCAAAUUUCAAGAAAAUGUUGUUGAUUCAAUUGAAGAAGUUUGUGAAAUCGGAGAAACUUGUCAAAAUCAAAAACUCGUACGAGGUGUCUACAUCUGAGAACGUGAAAUUGGUUACUGCUGCUGCUGCUGCUUCUAUCAAAGAAUUCGAGAAAACAAACAAAGCUGUUGUGAAAAACGGAGAGAAGACGAAGAGGCUGAGCCAAGUCAAAACUCCAAAGGCUUUGAAGAAGAAGAAGAAGAAAGUUUCGACCCCCUGCAAAGAGGAACUCAUCCAAGUCGGUCAAGGUUAGGGCUUGAUGACGAUGAUGUUUAAUGGUGAUUUCAAGUUAUACAUAUGUAGUAGGAAUAUGGAAUGUAGUAAUAGUAAUCUGACUGUUAGAUCUACGUUUCUUCUAAUUUGCUUGUAAGUCUGACUUUCUGCAUACAUAUUGUGUUUAAAUAUUGUAGGUCAGGUCUUGAGUUUGGUACUAAUUUGGGUUCUCAUGCUCAAAAGUACCUCAAAUAUAUAUAUAUAUAUAUAUAUAUAUUUCAUGACAUUUUCUAUUGAGGCAUACAAAA